GGGUGAUGGCGGAAGCGGAGGCCAAGAUGAAGCAGUUCAAUGGCGGCGGCGGGGCCGGGCUGGACGUGGAGCGCGGCCGCUUCCCGUACUGCGUGGUGUGGACGCCCAUCCCCGUGCUGACAUGGCUCUUCCCCAUCAUCGGCCAUAUGGGCAUCUGCACGUCGACGGGAGUCAUUCGGGACUUUGCGGGGCCGUAUUUUGUCUCAGAAGACAACAUGGCAUUUGGGAAGCCAGUGAAGUCACCUCAUUCACACAGACCACUGCUGCGUGUUGUGCUUCUCAAGGAGAACCACGUCAAGCUGAACCUUCUGAGAGGCGUAACAACGAUGUACUGGAAGCUGGAUCCUGGCAAAGUGUACUCCAGCAGCCCCAAUGCGUGGGACACGGCUGUGCACGACGCCUCGGAGGAGUACAAGCACCGAAUGCACAACCUUUGCUGUGAUAACUGCCAUUCUCACGUGGCUCUGGCCUUAAACUUGAUGAGAUACGACAACAGCACCUCCUGGAACAUGGUCAAACUCUGCUUCUUCUCACUCCUCUAUGGGAAGUACGUAAGCAUAGGGGGAUUUGUGAAGACCUGGCUUCCCUUUGUCCUCUUCCUGGGGGCGAUCCUGACGGUCGUUCUGACGCUCCAUCUGCGGUGAUAACAGCUGUGAGUUCCCCAUCCCGUGGGCACACGAAGGAGGCACUGUGACUGCUUGACUCAGUGAGGCAGAGGCCCGGCACUCCGGGAGGCAUUGUCUGGGAAGGCUGCAAUUCCACUCCACUGUCACAGCUCAUCCUUGUUUCCUGGAACUGCCUUCUUACCCUUCUGUUUCUGUUCUGUCGCUGGCGUUUCUCGGUGCCGGGCUCCCGAAGCCUCCUGACUUCUCCCUCAAUAUGUUCCCUCUGCAAUUUGGCUGUUGGGAAAGGAGAGGUGUGGGCACCUUGGCUUGCAGCACGAGGCAGAGCCUCAAGGCAAACCCCCUCCUGCUGGUUCAGGAACGCCAGCGGUCACACCUCCUGGGGUUCCCUCCCAUCACCUCUUCCUUCCUCCUGCCACACUUCGUCAGAUGCUUCCUUAGAUUUCCAGCCUCCGAGGAGGGGUCGUGUCCCUCUUGCACGACUCUCCCGUAGCACACGUUUUGGAGUGGAGGCGUGGGGCUCCUCCUGGGGUUGUGCAUUGCCUGGGGGUGUGCAUCGGUGCUGACGGUCCCCGGCGGUGACAGAAAGGUGUUGGUGGCUCAGCCCUCCUGCGAGGAGAGGCACAGAGGAUCGCUCUGUGGCAGGGCAGAUCCAUCUGGUCCUGCUGGUUGAGCCCAGAAAAGCAGGAAAGGAGGUCGACUGGCUCGGGUACGGCUCAUGGCAGGCUGCACGCCUUCAGCAGCACGUUGCAGAGCUGGGAGUCUGCUGCCAAAUCCCUUUUAGCUUCUGCCAGAGAAAAUACAGCUUCCCUGCUCCUCCUGGUGCACCGGGUGCCUGAAGUUGUCCUUGCACUUCUCACGAGCUCCUUCACUUUCCUUUGAGCCUCCGUGCUUUGCAUGGCACACAAUUCCUGCCUGCAGAGGUGGCGGUGGGUGGGUGCUGCUGGGACAGAAGGGCUGUGUAGGGCUGUGAUGGCAUCCGUGCCUCCAGAGCAGCACCUGAGCUGUGUGGGGCUGGUGGAGGAUUAAGGAGAGGCUGAGGGCCUGGCAGGCAGACGUGCUCUGCUUGCUGCUGCAAAGCCCAAGAAGGGCACUGGCUUUCAUCUGUCCAGCAUGGAGAACAGGAGGGCGUGCUGUAUUUUGCACAGCACACGUGGGGUCAAAGCGCUUCACAGGACUGGUUUGGGUGUGAGAAGUGCUGUUCUCGCAGUGCUGGGCUCUGAUGGCCCUCCCGUGCCCCGGGGUCAGGCAGGAUGGGUGCUGGGGGAGAGGAGUGCUGAGCAGGAGGUGGGUUUGGAUGGGGGGUCUGUGAGGUGCUGCCUGCAGGUGCUGCUUUCUGUGGGUCGGGCAGCCACGUGGCUUUAGGUCAGCUCUGUACCCCCCCUGCCUGCUGCAUUUCGGUGCUUGUGGUCGGGAAGGGAGCUCUUCUUGUCUGCGCACCAUCUCUGUGGCUUCCUCUGCUGCAAAAGCCCCCUCCAAUCCCCUGCUGGCUGCCUCUGUGCCUCCCCUCUGCUUCACCUCCGCACUCCCCGGCUGCACAGGGACCCCCCCUGCGUGCCUCCUUCUGUAUUUCCUCCUCUCCCAUGGCCCUGUUUCAGUGUCCCCUCGCACCCCUCCCUUCUCCAUGCCCCCCCAGCUGUCUGCGUCACCCAGUGCCAGGCUGGGGGUGCGCAGACCUCGGCGCCCACCCCCACAUCCCCACACCCGGAGGUGUUGUUGUCUCCGUGCUCUGUCACUUCCUGCCCGGUGCAGAGCAGGCUGCGGGGCUGAGAUCUCCAUCAGAGAGAACCUCACGGGGGAAACGUGGAGCUUUGCUGAGCCGCCCCGCCUGCCUGCGGGCUGAUGUGCCCCGGGUGGAUGGGAGAGAUGAGUCCCAACGCCCCCCAGUUCUGAAUGGAAGCCUGAGACCCUCCAAGGACGUGCCAGGAGCCGUGGGGCUGAAGCCAACCAACCCGUCUUACGCAGUAGCAAUAACCCGGAGACUCGUAGGGCUGCGUCCCCAUGUGUUAUAAGCAUUGCCAAAGCCGAGGCUGGGAGCUGCCGGGGGAGGCUGGGAGUGGGAUCCCCACUCCUGGGAUUUCCUACAGUGUCCGGUGCCAUUCCCAGCGCUUUUGUGCCGGGUCUGAGUUUGGAACAGAGACUCUUCCCCUGCAGCAGCAGCAGCGGAGCCCUGCGGUCAGUUGGGCUGAGAUGAAGCAGAGAUCCCACGUUGCCACCCCGGCCCUCACGGAGCACACAGAGCCAUCUUUGCCCGUGGAAGGGAAGGGACAGCACGCAGCCUGCAAGCCGGGCACGGCGCUGGGCUCGCAUUUACUGCUUUGGCACAUUGCUGGUGCGGCAUAAAGCCGUGUGAGCGCAGGCGGACCCACCGCUGCGCCCCCACGGCUGGGAGGGGGGCGGACGAGAGAUGCGCAUCCCUCACGGCGACCCCCAUCUCCCUGCGCUCCCUCGCUGUGCCCUCAGCCACGAGGGUUGGCUCCGUCCCUUCCCUUCCAGUUUUCCCCUCCCCUCUUUCCCCCCCCCAUUCCCGACGCGGAGCUCCGUGGCUCAGCCGCUGCUCUUCGCUGGGGGCCGUCCCUCCGUCUCCCCUUCCUUUGUUCCGCUGAUCUCCGUGGGGCGCUGGAUGACUUUGUAAAUAUUUAAACUCUGCUUCUGUGGUUUCAUAACCCUGACGGUGGGGGAAAUAAACUUCUGCGGACGUC